AUCUGUUGUGUGUUGUCUCAUACAACUUUUCCGUGACCAUACGUAUAUCCCCAUCCAUGUACCCUAUAUCUGGAUAGAUGCGCCAGCUUCCCUCGAGGGCCGUUGCGGGUUUAUGACCUAACGCAGGGCAAUAUCACCACCAAGAUAUCGCGAACACCGCAAAUGUGGUUCCCCCCUAUGCCCAUCAUCCUCAUCACGGAUGAGGAUCUGACAUACCACGGGAAGAUACUAAGUGUCAGGUAUGAAGAAGGGCGACUUCGAGCAAUUCACGCGACGAUGUGCAUCAGCGAGCACCGAGGCCGGCCAAGGCUUGAUCAUCGACACCCUUCGCCCGAGAAUCCAGACAAGUCUUUAAGUCCAAAGGUCGGACUAUGAUAACGGAUAGGCUAUGGAGUGGGAAAGAUUCCCACGGCCGCCAUAGAGCUGGGAGAGUCUUGUCCCUAUGGAGGAUAUAUGUUGGGCGGGUGGAUGGAUGCUAUCUAGCAGAGAUUGGGGAGAAUGGAUGAGAAAGUCACAGUCAAAGCAGGGAGUCGAGAGUGGUCGAGCCAUACGUGAGAAAGGUCGAGAUUAGUAUGAUGCUCGUCUUGGGUUGUUCUUAAGUCGUAC